CAUAGUCCCACUGAUAUCGCAGUACAACAGGUUUCUCGACGUUCACACUUCGAAGAUCUUGUUUACAUCCUGACUGCUGUGAAUGCACCGCGAAAAAAUAUCAGUGUGUUAUUGUGUUUUCAUUCCAGAUGACUGAACUAAUCCUAUUUUGCUUAGCACUGGUAAUAUUUACAGCUGCAUACCUAUACUAUCGUAACCAAAAUUCUCUCCCCGGACCCUGGAAUUUACCAAUAAUCGGCUACUUACACAAAAUAGAUCCAAAAGCGCCUCAUUUGACGUUUUCCAAGCUUGCCGAAAAAUAUGGUCCAAUCUACAGACUCAAACUGGGACUGAUAGACACCGUAUUUAUCUCUGACGGAAAAUUACUGAAAAAGGUAUUUAAAGGAAAAGGUAAACUACACCACGAAAAUAGGAACGUAAUUUUUUUUUCAACCAUCAGAAAUAACAUGCAGUCCUCUGUAUCAGGUGCCACCAAAGCGUCACCAAACAAAAAAUUACUGGAAAACCAAAUGAGACAGUGUGCUGAAGAAUUUAUCCAAUUUGUUCAGAAUCAAGGAAACCCUGUGGCUAUAAAUCCAACAGAAGCAGUAAUAAACUACGUGUCUACCAUCACAAGUACCUUAUUUUUAGGGACACGUGACAAACAAUUCUUGAAAACUUUGACACAUAAUUAUGACAGACUGAUAAAAGAAACACAGUUCACCGGACCUUUGAAUUUCUUACCAUUUUUGCGUUAUAAAAACUUCGCCCUUAAGAACUUGGUAAAUCUUGUCGACGCCUUUAUGGAACAAAAAUCUAGGUCCAAAUCCGACAAAGUGUACAAUUCUGACCAACUGAAACAUCUUUUAUCCGACAUGUUUGGUGCGUCUACUGAAACUACUGUUACUUCGAUUCUGUGGACUUUGUUCUACUUGGCACACUUCAAAGAAGUCCAAAAUAGAGUUCGAAAAGAAAUUUUGGAUUUUCUGCAAGAUAGACCUCCACGGAUGGACGAUUUGUCAAAACUGCCGUUUACAGAAGCCACUUUAGCUGAAGUAGCUAGAAUAAGGACUGUGGUUCCCGUGGGACUUCCGCAUUCCACGUCGGAAGAUAUACAUGUUGAUAAUGUAACAAUUCCGAAAAAUACUGUCAUUAUGUCGUUGUUGUGGGCGAUUCAUCAAGAUCCAGAAGCGUGGAAAAACCCUGAAAAGUUUUACCCUGAGCGAUUUUUGAAUGACGAAGGGAGAUUUUGUCAACCUGAGUCGUUCAUGCCAUUUCUAGCUGGUAAAAGAAUGUGUGUUGGGAAAGAUCUGGGAAAUAUGAUAGUUUUUAUAUUUGUGUCUAGUCUUUUGCAAAAAUUUAAAUUGGAGGGUUGUAAUUCAGGUUUUGUAGAUCUGUCGUAUGACACUGGGUUAGCAAUAACGCCUAAACCACAAGAUUUGCUUUUUGUGAGGUUAUAAAUAAGUCCACUGACUUGUGUUUAUUUGCUAAAUAUUAUUUAUAGUUACGAGAAAUUAA